AUGAAAAAAACCGUUGUAAAUAAUAAGGCAGACUCAUCGGCAACAAAACCAACAUUUCAACCGGAGACUUCACAUAAGAAGGCCCUUUCAAUUUAUGGAGGCAGUGCAAAGACGGUAGUAGCUCCCACUGCUGUGUCUACCUCAAAAUCAAAUUCUCAGCAAGCAAAAAAAGUUCCGAUAAUUGUUGAUGCUUCUUCUGGUAGUAGUAGUAAAUCACAAACAAAAGUUUCAAUUAAGACGGCAACUGUGUCGUCUCAAAAGGAUGCCUCUGUUACUCAAUCGAAAGAAGAGAAAUUAAAGGAAUUGUUUGCUCAAUUACCUCAAGAAAUUGUGUUGCAAGUUUUGGAUUAUUAUGUUGGUUCGGGAUUUAAAGCUUGUUUUCCAAGAUUUGAAAAAUUGGCAAAUACUAAUUUUAAGGAAGCAUUUGAAUACGAUUCUUUGAGUUUUGAUGAAUCAAUGUUUUACAAACAAUAUUUUGGAAAGUUCAAAAACAGAGGAGACACAAACCCAAAACCUAUUUUCUGGAGGUCAGCAAGUGAAAAUCUUGUAGAUUUAAAUAGAAUUUCUAAGGAAUUCCAUUACUUGUUAUCAUUGCAAAUUUAG